AUGCAGACUAAAGAAACCCACACCGCCGCCCAUUUCCUCUCCGUCUCCACCUUCACAACAGACGGGGGCCUCACCCGCUCAACUGCCAUCGACUCCAGCGUCUCUCACAAGCGACCAUCAACUCAACAACAACAAAGAGAAGAAGAAAAGGAAAGAAAUGGUCGAGCACCGCUGAAUAUCAUGACAUGCGUGGGUGAACUUCCAUCAGUCUGGCACACAUCCACAAUAACAACAACACAAACACUGCCCGCACGUAUCGUUAUUGAUGAAAAUGAUCAUUUCUGGCGUCCUUUGUUAUUAUACCAAGAAGAACAAGAACAAGAAUUAUCUCCAUUGUCUCCACCGUCCCCUUCAGCGAUCUCUUUCUUUAAUGAAGGGCGAAGUCAGACAAGAAGAUCGCACAGGGGUGAUAGUGAAACGAGACACCGUCGGUUGCCGUUACUUAUGGAUUAUAUGGGUUAG